AUGCCCUUCACAGGAAUAGUUGCUCGUAAUAACGUCUUAGAAGUCAACAGGCCCAGUCCUUCUAUCGAUAUUCACCUCACCAACCACGGUUCUGACUGGUUGUGGGCAGUGUUUGCUAUUUUUGCGGUUCUUUCCAUUGUCAAUGCCUUCCUCUAUGGUCUCACCAACGCAAAGACCAACGGGUUGAAGAAGACUCUUCUUAUCUACCCACUUUUCAUCAGUUCGGUCAUGGCCUUUGCCUACUUCUCGUACGCUUCUAACUUGGGCUACGCCGGAGUCCCCACCGAGUUCAACCACGUAACCACUUCCCGUGGUCUUGAUGUCAGACAAAUCUUCUAUGCCAAGUACAUCGGCUGGUUCUUGAGUUGGCCAUUUGUGUUGACCAUCUUUGAAAUCUCCACCCACACCUUGGAAUACACCAACGCCUCUUCUGAUUUCUUGACCAAGGCCAUCACUUUGUUCCAAGGUUUGAUCACCAAGUUCUUGUUCACCGAAGUAUUCGUGUUGGGAUUGUUAAUUGGUUCCUUAAUCGAAUCCACCUACAAAUGGGGUUUCUUCACCUUUUCUGCUAUCUCCUUGUUGUUUACUAUUUUCUUGAUUGGAACUAACAUCAGUGCCUCUUCUGGUCUCAGAAGAGUGACCAGUGUGUCCCACUUACUCAUCAUUUUCCAAUUUGUGGUUUGGAUCUUGUACCCAAUCAACUGGGGUUUGUCUGAGGGUGGUAACGUCAUCCAACCAGAUAGUGAGGCCGUUUUCUACGGUAUUUUAGACUUGAUUACCUUUGCCGUGAUUCCAACUGCGUUGACCUGGAUCAAUGUGGCUUCGGUUGAUGAAGAAUUCUUCUCCAAGUUGACUCACUUCAAGCUCAAGCAGGACUCCACUGACGCUGAAAAGUCUAUUGGAGAAACCCCAAGACACAGUGGAGACACUGCUGUUCCUGCAAACGUCAACCAAACUGAGGCUAAUACCGAGGUUACUGUUUGA